AUGGAACCAAGAUCAAGAGAAACUACUCCUACAAAAGAGGAUUUGGAUUUUAUAGUUGAUGAUGGUUACAGACAUGAUGUUGAUACAGAUUAUGUUCCAGAUGAAAAAUAUCUUGUUAGUGGAAAAGAGUUCAAAAAACUAACCAGAAAUGCUAAAAAACUCGGUGCUGAAUCGCUUGAUUAUUCAACACGCAAAAAUAACAAAUACAUGGCAACACUUUCAAGUGGAAAGAAAGUUCAUUUUGGAUCACCAAAUUAUCCAGACUAUCUUAUUCAUCAAGACAAAGAGAGAAGAGAUAAAUAUCUUACUAGAGCUAAAAAGAUUAAAAAUAAACAGGGGGAGUUAACUUAUACUAAUCCUGAAUCGGCGAACUUCUGGUCCGUUCAUUUACUCUGGCCAGAAAAAAAGUGAUUUAAAUAUUUGAUAAAAAUAUAAUAAAAUGAGUUCAAAUGGCAUUGUUGGUUUAACUAGUCUAUCUAAUGAUAUUGAUUUAGCUGGUAAAUAUUAUGUUAAAAAUUAUGAUGAUAAUAACUUUAAAAAAGAAAUUAUAAAAUUUUUAGAAGAAGGAUUAAAAGAAAUUUCAGAAAGAUUAUAUUCUAUAGAAGUCACAAUUGAAAAUAAAUUAUUGCUUAAAGAUUAAAUUAUUAUAAUAAAAAAUGCAGUUGUCUAGUUACGAAAAUAUUACUCAAGACAAUAUUAUCUUUAAUGAAGCCAAAGAGUACAAAGUAAAAGAUAGUAAGAUCAAAUAUAAACGUAUCCCAAUUGAAGCCAAAUAUCCAAAUGGAAAGAAAGGAGCUUUGGUAGUCGAAACCCCACUUCUUUUCAGCUUUGGUGUUAAUGAGAAGAAAAAUCAAGAAACAAACAAGUUAGUUGGUUAUAGUAUGCCAGUAUGUCUUUGGGCUAAAGAUAGUGAGCCGAAUAAUAAAGAAAAAGCAUUUUUUGAUGUUAUUAAUAAUGUAACAACUUUCUCUCAACAACAUUUAGAGAAUGAAUACGGUGCAGAUCUAGCAUCAACUCUAUCUUCGCCAUUUUAUUUCAAACAAAUAGAAUAUACAGAUAAGAAAGGAAAGAAGAAAACAAAAAAAGAUGAAUCAUCUGCACCAGUUCUAUAUGCAAAACUUAUUUACUCUGAAAAAUCAAAGAAAAUAUUAUCUUUCUUUAAGGGAAAGGUAAGUAAGAAUUUAAAUCCUUUUAAAUAUAUUAACCAGUACUGCAAUGUUAAAAUGGCUUUGAUAAUUGAAGGAAUAUUUAUUAGUAAAACUGUUACAUCUUUACAAAUAAAAGUAAAUGAGUGCUAUGUCAAACCACUAAAACCAAGAGAGGCUUUACUAACAAUUGAUGAGGAAGAGAGUGAAGGUGAAGAGAUAACAGAUCAAGUAGUUGACGACUUACUUUUAUCUGAUAAAGAAGAAAGUGAGUAG